AUGACUUAUCUAAAAUCUUGGGAAGAAUUCGAAAAAGCUGCCGAGAAAUUGUACCUUCAGGCACCGUCAAAAGCGCGCUACACGAUGAAAUACGUGCAUUCAAAAAAUGUGUUAAUUUUAAAAAUGACAGAUGAUGUGGUGUGUUUACAAUUCAAAACGGAGAUUGCCCAAGAUGUGCGAAAAAUAGACAAAUUUAUCAACAAUUUAAUGCGACAUAUGGCAUCAAAAGAACACUAACAUAACCUCAAACGUCAAUGCAAUCGCAUUUGUGAGUGGGUCUUAUUUGAAUAAAAAGCAUUCAGUUUGUAUAAGUUUCAUUUACAGUGUAAGCACGAUACAUUUAAAUAAAAAUUUUCCUAAAUACA